AUGGCGAGCGAGAAGCCGUCGUCGGGGCCGGAGCCGCAGCCCGCGGGGCUCAUCGCUGUCGGCGCCAGCAGCAGCGGCGGUGGAGGUGUCGGCGGCUCCGGGGGAGCAGGAGGAGGAGGAGGAGGUAGCGGCGGCGGCGGCUCGGCGGCCGUGAUGGGGGAGCGGAGGGCGUCGAGCUCCGGGCCGGUGGUGCUGCCCGCCGGGAUGAUCAACCCGUCGGUGCCCAUCCGCAACAUCCGCAUGAAAUUCGCCGUCUUGAUCGGGCUCAUCCAAGUCGGGGAGGUCAGCAACCGGGACAUCGUGGAGACCGUGUUGAACCUGCUGGUUGGUGGAGAAUUCGAUCUAGAGAUGAACUUUAUAAUCCAGGAUGCUGAAAGCAUAACAUGCAUGUCAGAACUUUUAGAGCACUGUGAUGUAACAUGUCAAGCAGAAAUCUGGAGUAUGUUCACCGCCAUCCUUCGUAAAAGCGUCCGCAAUUUACAGACCAGCACAGAAGUUGGCUUAAUUGAACAAGUGCUGUUGAAGAUGAGUACUGUGGAUGAUAUGAUUGCAGAUCUUCUUGUUGAUAUGUUGGGGGUUCUUGCCAGCUAUAGCAUCACUGUCAAGGAGUUGAAGCUUUUGUUCAGCAUGCUGCGUGGUGAAAAUGGAAUCUGGCCGAGGCAUGCAGUCAAGCUGCUGUCAGUCCUGAAUCAGAUGCCACAGAGACAUGGUCCUGACACUUUUUUCAACUUCCCAGGCUGCAGUGCUGCAGCAAUUGCAUUGCCUCCUAUUGCCAAGUGGCCUUAUCAAAAUGGGUUUACGCUUAACACCUGGUUUCGCAUGGAUCCAUUGAACAAUAUUAAUGUAGAUAAGGAUAAACCAUACCUUUAUUGUUUUCGCACUAGUAAAGGUGUUGGUUACUCUGCUCAUUUUGUUGGCAACUGCUUAAUAGUUACAUCACUGAAAUCAAAAGGCAAAGGCUUUCAACACUGUGUGAAAUAUGAUUUUCAGCCACGCAAGUGGUACAUGAUUAGCAUUGUACACAUCUACAAUCGCUGGAGAAACAGUGAAAUUCGCUGUUACGUUAAUGGUCAGCUAGUAUCCUAUGGUGACAUGGCUUGGCACGUGAACACAAACGAUAGCUACGAUAAAUGUUUUCUGGGAUCGUCUGAAACUGCUGAUGCAAAUAGAGUGUUUUGUGGUCAACUUGGAGCAGUCUAUGUAUUCACUGAGGCUCUCAACCCAGCACAGAUUUUUGCAAUACAUCAGUUAGGACCUGGAUACAAGAGUACAUUCAAAUUUAAAUCAGAGAGUGAUAUUCAUCUUGCUGAGCACCACAAACAAGUUCUGUAUGAUGGAAAACUUGCAAGUAGUAUUGCCUUCACAUACAAUGCUAAGGCUACUGAUGCUCAGCUAUGCCUUGAGUCCUCACCAAAGGAAAACCCUUCAAUUUUUGUACACUCCCCCCACGCUCUUAUGCUUCAGGAUGUGAAAGCUAUUGUGACACAUUCGAUCCAUAGUGCAAUUCAUUCAAUAGGAGGGAUCCAAGUUCUUUUCCCUCUCUUUGCCCAAUUAGACAAUCGACAACUGAAUGACAGUCAAGUGGAAACAACUGUCUGUGCUACCCUUUUGGCUUUCCUGGUAGAACUUCUUAAGAGUUCAGUAGCCAUGCAAGAACAAAUGCUGGGUGGAAAAGGAUUCCUAGUUAUUGGCUACCUCCUUGAAAAAUCAUCCAGAGUUCAUAUAACAAGAGCAGUUUUGGAACAGUUUUUGUCUUUUGCAAAAUACCUGGAUGGACUCUCACAUGGAGCACCUCUACUGAAGCAAUUAUGUGAUCACAUUCUUUUCAAUCCUGCUAUUUGGAUACAUACUCCUGCAAAGGUUCAACUAUCACUUUAUACCUAUCUGUCUGCUGAAUUCAUUGGCACUGCUACAAUCUACACUACAAUACGUAGAGUAGGCACAGUAUUACAGCUAAUGCACACGCUGAAAUACUACUACUGGGUGGUUAAUCCUGCUGAUUCCAGUGGCAUUACUCCCAAAGGAUUGGAAGGUCCUCGGCCAUCACAGAAAGAAAUCAUAUCAUUACGAGCGUUCAUGCUUUUAUUUUUGAAACAGCUUAUCUUGAAGGAUCGAGGAGUCAAAGAAGAUGAGCUACAAAGUAUAUUAAAUUACUUACUAACAAUGCAUGAGGAUGAAAACAUUCAUGAUGUGCUUCAGUUGCUAGUGGCUUUGAUGUCUGAACAUCCAGCAUCUAUGAUACCUGCUUUUGAUCAACGAAAUGGGAUACGGGUAAUUUAUAAAUUAUUGGCUUCCAAAAGUGAAAGUAUAUGGGUACAAGCUUUGAAGGUGCUAGGCUAUUUUCUCAAACAUCUGGGUCAUAAGCGAAAAGUUGAAAUCAUGCAUACCCACAGUUUGUUCACUCUCCUUGGAGAGAGACUGAUGUUGCAUACAAAUACUGUGACCAUUACAACUUAUAACACACUUUAUGAGAUAUUGACAGAACAAGUGUGUACACAAGUUGUUCAUAAACCACAUCCCGAGCCAGAUUCUACGGUGAAAAUUCAGAAUCCAAUGAUUCUUAAGGUAGUGGCAACUUUAUUAAAGAAUUCCACUCCAAGUGCAGAACUGAUGGAAGUACGGCGGUUGUUUUUAUCGGAUAUGAUAAAACUUUUUAGUAAUAGCCGUGAAAACAGGAGAUGUUUACUUCAGUGUUCAGUGUGGCAGGAUUGGAUGUUUUCCCUGGGAUAUAUUAAUCCUAAGAAUUCUGAAGAACAGAAAAUUACAGAGAUGGUGUACAACAUCUUUCGCAUCCUUUUAUACCAUGCAAUAAAAUAUGAGUGGGGAGGAUGGAGGGUCUGGGUUGAUACUCUUUCCAUAGCCCAUUCCAAGGUCACUUACGAAGCUCACAAGGAAUAUUUAGCAAAAAUGUAUGAGGAGUAUCAAAGGCAAGAGGAGGAGAAUAUAAAGAAGGGGAAGAAAGGGAAUGUGAGCACUAUCUCAGGCCUUUCAUCUCAGACAACUGGAGCAAAAGGUGGAAUGGAAAUUCGCGAAAUAGAAGACCUUUCACAAAGCCAAAGCCCAGAAAGUGAAACAGACUACCCUGUUAGUACUGAUACCAGGGACUUACUUAUUGCCACAAAAGUAUCUGAUGAUGUACUUGGAAGCUCAGAUAGACCAGGAGGUGGUGUGCAUGUGGAAGUUCAUGAUCUUUUAGUUGAUAUAAAAGCAGAAAAGGUAGAAGCUACCGAAGUAAAGCUAGAUGAUAUGGAUUUAUCACCGGAGACUUUGGUAACAAGAGAAAACGGCGCUCUCGUGGAAGUGGAAUCUUUAUUAGACAAUGUAUAUAGUGCUGCUGUUGAAAAACUUCAAAAUAAUGUUCAUGGCAGUGUUGGCCUAAUUAAAAAAAGUGAAGAGAAGGAUAAUGGACCCUUGAUAACACUGGCUGAUGAGAAGGAUGAACCUUCUACCAAUACCUCAUUUCUUUUUGAUAAAAUACCUAGCCCAGAGGAGAAACUGCUCCCUGAACUGACAAGCAACCACAUUACUAUUGCAAAUAUGCAAGAGACUCAAAUGCAUCUUGGUGUGAACGAUGACCUUGGCCUGCUUGCUCAUAUGACUGGUAGUGCUGACAUAGCAUGCAGUUCAAGCAUAAUAGAGGACAAGGAAUUCAAGAUUCAUACCGCCGUAGAUGCCAUGGGCACCCUUUCUGAGAGAGAGCUGGCUUCAUCAUCCAAAGGAUUAGAAUAUGCUGAAAUGACUGCCACCACCCUGGAGACUGAGUCCUCUUGUGGUAAAGCUGUACCAAAUGUAGAUGCAGGGAGUAUCAUAUCAGAUACAGAAAGAUCGGAUGAUGGCAAAGAAGUAGGGAAAGAAAUUAGAAAAAUUCAAACCACCACUACAACCCAAGCUGUGCAAGGUCGGCCUAUUACACAACAGGAUAGAGAUUUGCGCGUUGACUUGGGAUUUCGAGGAAUGCCGAUGACAGAAGAGCAAAGGCGACAGUUCAGUCCAGGUCCUCGAACAACAAUGUUUCGUAUUCCAGAAUUUAAAUGGUCCCCAAUGCACCAGAGGCUACUAACAGAUUUGCUGUUUGCUUUAGAAACUGAUGUGCAUGUUUGGAGAAGCCAUUCAACAAAAUCUGUGAUGGACUUUGUCAAUAGCAAUGAAAAUAUUAUUUUUGUACAUAAUACUAUCCACCUAAUUUCCCAAAUGGUAGACAAUAUUAUCAUUGCUUGUGGAGGAAUUCUACCUUUGUUAUCGGCAGCAACAUCCCCAACUACUGAACUGGAGAAUAUUGAAGUAACUCAGGGUAUGUCGGCAGAGACCGCUGUGACUUUCCUCAGCCGCCUGAUGGCUAUGGUUGAUGUACUAGUAUUUGCUAGCUCACUAAAUUUUAGUGAAAUUGAAGCUGAAAAAAACAUGUCUUCUGGAGGCUUAAUGCGACAGUGCCUAAGGCUUGUUUGUUGUGUUGCUGUGAGAAACUGUUUGGAAUGCCGGCAAAGGCAGAGGGACAGGGUCAACAAAUCUUCACUAAUCAGCAGUAAAACUCAGGAGACUCUUCAGGGUAUAAGUUCAGCUACUACUGCUAAGACUCCAUUGGACAACGUUCCUGGUAAUUUAUCCCCUAUUAAAGAUCCUGAUAGACUGCUUCAGGAUGUUGACAUUAAUCGUCUGCGAGCAGUUGUAUUUCGUGAUGUGGAUGAUAGCAAACAGGCUCAGUUUUUAGCUUUGGCUGUGGUUUACUUCAUUUCUGUUCUGAUGGUCUCCAAGUAUCGGGAUAUACUUGAACCUCAACGUGAAACUGCAAGGUCUGGAAGCCAGGCAGGUAGAAAUAUCAGGCAAGAAAUAAAUUCACCAACAAGUACAGUUGUGGUCAUACCAUCUAUCCCUCACCCAAGUUUGAACCAUGGAUUCCUUGCCAAGUUAAUCCCUGAGCAGAGCUUUGCCCACUCAUUUUACAAAGACACACCUGCAGUAUUUCCAGAUAAUAUCAAAGAAAAAGAGACUCCAACACCAGUUGAAGAUAUUCCGCUGGAAAGCUCCAUUCCUCAUACUGAUUCUGGAAUUGGAGAGGAGCAAAUGCCCAGCAUCUUGAAUGGGACAGACUUGGAAACAAGCACAGGUCCUGAUGCUAUGAGUGAACUGUUGUCUACUUUGUCUUCUGAGGUAAAGAAAUCUCAGGAAAGUUUAACGGAAAGUCCCAGUGAAAUCCUCAAACCUGCAUCCUCCAUAUCAAGCAUCAGCCAAAGCAAGGGUAUCAAUGUGAAAGAGAUACUGAAAAGUCUGGUGGCAGCGCCUGUUGAAAUUGCAGAAUGUGGUCCUGAUCCUAUCCCCUAUCCUGAUCCUGCACUGAAGAGAGAAACACAGCCUAUUCUCCCAAUGCAGUUUCAUUCCUUUGACAGAAGUGUUGUCGUACCAGUAAAGAAACCUCCCCCUGGAAGCUUAGCUGUGACCACAGUUGGAGCUGCCACAACUGGAGGUGGAGUGCCACCAAGUAGUACGCCUAAUAUAUUUGCUGCCACAGGAGCUACACCAAAAAGUAUGAUUAAUACAACAGGUGCAGUGGAUUCAGGAUCUUCCUCCUCUUCAUCAUCAUCUAGUUUUGUGAAUGGUGCUACCAGCAAGAAUCUUCCUGCUGUUCAGACUGUUGCACCAAUGCCAGAGGAUUCGGCAGAAAAUAUGAGCAUCACCGCAAAACUUGAGAGAGCUUUGGAAAAAGUGGCCCCUCUCCUUCGGGAAAUCUUUGUGGAUUUUGCUCCUUUCCUGUCUCGCACAUUGUUGGGCAGUCAUGGACAAGAGCUUCUAAUAGAAGGCCUAGUCUGCAUGAAGUCAAGCACUUCAGUAGUUGAACUUGUUAUGCUGCUUUGUUCACAGGAAUGGCAGAAUUCUAUUCAGAAGAAUGCAGGACUUGCUUUUAUUGAGCUCAUCAAUGAAGGAAGAUUAUUGUGCCAUGCAAUGAAAGACCACAUAGUGCGUGUUGCAAAUGAGGCAGAGUUUAUUUUGAACAGGCAAAGAGCUGAAGAUGUACAUAAACAUGCAGAAUUUGAGUCACAGUGUGCCCAAUAUGCUGCCGACCGACGAGAGGAAGAAAAGAUGUGUGACCAUCUGAUCAGUGCUGCUAAGCAUCGAGAUCAUGUUACAGCCAACCAGCUGAAACAAAAAAUACUGAAUAUCCUAACAAAUAAGCAUGGUGCUUGGGGAGCUGUCUCGCAUAGCCAACUACAUGACUUCUGGCGCUUAGAUUAUUGGGAAGAUGAUCUGCGCCGACGGAGGCGGUUUGUUCGCAAUGCUUUUGGCUCCACCCACUCAGAUGCCUUGCUCAAAGCUGCUGUGGAAUACGGCACUGAAGAAGAUGUGAUAAAGUCAAAGAAAACCUUCCGAAGUCAAGCUGUGGUCAAUCAGAAUGCUGAAACUGAACUCAUGUUGGAAGGGGAUGAUGAUGCUGUCAGUCUGCUCCAAGAGAAGGAGAUUGACAAUCUUGCAGGCCCCGUCGUCCUGAGCACGCCGGCCCAGCUCAUCGCCCCGGUCGUGGUGGCCAAGGGGACCCUUUCCAUCACCACCACCGAGAUCUACUUCGAGGUGGACGAGGAUGACCUGGCCUUCAAGAAGAUCGACCCCAAAGUUCUUGCUUACACAGAAGGCCUUCAUGGAAAAUGGAUGUUUAGUGAAAUUCGGGCUGUUUUCUCAAGGCGUUAUCUUCUUCAGAAUACAGCUUUGGAAGUUUUCAUGGCAAACAGAACCUCCGUAAUGUUUAAUUUUCCUGACCAAGCAACAGUCAAAAAAGUUGUAUACAGUUUACCUCGCGUUGGAGUGGGAACCAGCUAUGGCUUGCCACAAGCAAGGCGGAUUUCUUUGGCUACUCCCCGUCAACUUUAUAAAUCUUCUAACAUGACUCAACGGUGGCAGCGACGGGAGAUUUCAAACUUUGAAUACUUGAUGUUUCUCAAUACUAUAGCAGGACGGACAUAUAAUGAUCUAAACCAAUACCCCGUGUUUCCAUGGGUGUUAACCAAUUAUGAAUCGGAGGAGCUGGAUCUAACCUUACCAGGAAACUUCAGAGAUCUCUCAAAGCCCAUUGGUGCUUUGAAUCCAAAGAGAGCAGUCUUUUAUGCAGAGCGUUAUGAGACGUGGGAAGAUGAUCAGACUCCGCCUUAUCAUUAUAAUACUCAUUAUUCAACAUCUACUUGUACAUUAUCCUGGCUUGUUCGCAUUGAGCCCUUUACCACAUUCUUCCUCAAUGCAAAUGAUGCAAAAUUUGAUCACCCAGAUCGAACCUUCUCAUCUGUGGCAAGAUCUUGGAGAAACAGCCAAAGAGACACUUCCGAUGUUAAGGAAUUAAUUCCAGAGUUCUACUAUCUACCAGAAAUGUUUGUCAACAGUAAUGGAUAUAGUCUAGGAGUCCGAGAAGAUGAAGUUGUUGUGAAUGAUGUUGAGCUUCCCCCUUGGGCAAAGAAACCUGAAGACUUUGUACGGAUUAACAGGAUGGCGCUAGAGAGCGAGUUUGUGUCCUGUCAGCUUCACCAGUGGAUUGACCUUAUAUUUGGCUACAAGCAACGAGGACCAGAAGCCGUGCGGGCGCUUAAUGUAUUCCACUACCUGACAUAUGAAGGUUCAGUUAACCUUGACAGUAUCACUGAUCCAGUGCUCAGGGAGGCCAUGGAGGCACAGAUACAGAACUUUGGACAGACGCCAUCUCAGUUGCUUAUUGAGCCACAUCCGCCUCGGAGCUCUGCCAUGCACCUGUGUUUCCUUCCACAGAGUCCACUUAUGUUUAAAGAUCAGAUGCAGCAGGAUGUUAUAAUGGUUCUCAAAUUUCCAUCAAAUUCGCCAGUCACACAUGUGGCAGCCAACACACUUCCCCACCUUACCAUUCCUGCUGUGGUAACUGUGACUUGUAGCCGGCUGUUUGCAGUGAAUAGAUGGCACAACACAGUAGGCCUAAGGGGAGCCCCAGGAUAUUCUUUGGACCAAGCUCAUCAUCUUCCUAUUGAAAUGGAUCCAUUGAUUGCCAAUAACUCUGGAGUGAACAAACGGCAAAUCACGGACCUUGUAGAUCAAAGCAUUCAGAUCAAUGCUCAUUGUUUUGUGGUCACAGCAGAUAAUCGCUACAUUCUCAUCUGUGGUUUCUGGGAUAAGAGCUUUCGAGUCUAUUCUACAGAAACAGGCAAACUGACUCAGAUUGUGUUUGGCCACUGGGAUGUAGUCACUUGCCUUGCCAGAUCGGAAUCUUAUAUUGGUGGCGAUUGCUACAUAGUCUCUGGGUCUCGUGAUGCUACAUUACUGCUGUGGUAUUGGAGUGGUCGGCAUCACAUUAUUGGUGAUAAUCCAAAUAGCAGUGAUUAUCCUGCUCCCAGAGCUGUUCUUACUGGUCAUGAUCAUGAAGUUGUCUGCGUUUCAGUUUGUGCCGAGCUGGGACUUGUCAUAAGUGGUGCUAAAGAAGGACCGUGUUUGGUGCACACAAUUACUGGAGAUUUGCUAAGAGCACUUGAAGGAACAGAAAACUGUUUGUAUCCUCGCUUAAUUUCCGUAUCUAGCGAAGGCCACUGUAUCAUCUACUAUGAACGAGGCAGGUUCAGCAAUUUCAGCAUUAAUGGCAAACUCUUGGCUCAGAUGGAGAUCAAUGACUCAACCAGGGCUAUCCUCCUGAGCAGUGACGGGCAGAACCUGGUGACAGGCGGCGAUAACGGAGUAGUGGAAGUAUGGCAAGCUUGUGACUUCAAGCAACUCUACAUUUACCCUGGCUGUGAUGCUGGCAUUAGAGCAAUGGACCUGUCCCACGAUCAGAGGACUCUAAUCACAGGCAUGGCUUCUGGUAGCAUUGUAGCUUUUAAUAUAGAUUUUAAUCGGUGGCAUUAUGAGCAUCAGAACAGAUACUGAACCUGAGCGAAGAACUGAAAGCAGAGGGGGGAACUGAGAGCACAAGUGCUACCGAAAGGCAUAAUCCCUGAUGGAAAAACAAGUCUGCAUUGACCUCCGUUGUACAUUCCAUUACACCCAGCAAUAGCUGUACAUUGUAGUCAGCAACCAUUUUACUUUGUGUGUUUUUUUUCACAACUGAACACCAGCUGCUGCAGAAGCGAGCUUGUAUCAUGUAAAUUACAAUGAAUUAGGAGAUGUUUUGGUAAUUAUUUCAUAAAUUUUGUUUACUGAGAAAAGCUAGUAGUAGAAGAACACGUCACAAGAGACUUUUGAAUCUUCUGAGGACCCUUGUGUCUGGUUGUUUUAUUGUUUGGGCCAUGAACCUAACAUCCAUUUCCCAUUUCCAGCCUCUUUUCAAGCUGAAAAAUAAUUAAAAGGAGAAAAAAAACCCUACGUUUGAUACUUUCUACAUCAGAUGCACAUCUUAACUUUGAAGGGAUACUUUUGUAAAAGUAAAACCUUGUAUAAAGAACACAAAAAAAAGUUUCUUAAUUUUAUUGUGGAGUUACAACUUGCAUGUACUUUGAAACUGAUGUCUUGAUGAAACGGUCACAUUCACUGGUUGAACUGAAGAGCUGCCUAAAGGCACAGCUUGUAUUCAAGGGUUGAAAUGGGGGAGGG